CCGCGGCCCAGAGCGCGGAGCAGCGACGGGAGCGGCCGCCGCCAUGUGCGACUUCUCGGAGGAGCAGACUGCGGAGUUCAAGGAGGCGUUCCAGCUCUUCGACCGCACGGGCGACGGGAAGAUCCUGUACAGCCAGUGCGGGGACGUGAUGCGGGCGCUGGGCCAGAACCCCACCAACGCCGAGGUCAUGAAGGUGCUGGGCAACCCCAAGAGCGAUGAGAUGAACCUGAAGACGCUGAACUUCGAGCAGUUCCUGCCCAUGAUGCAGACCAUCGCCAAGAACAAGGACCAGGGCUGCUUCGAGGACUACGUGGAGGGGCUGCGGGUCUUCGACAAGGAGGGCAACGGCACCGUCAUGGGGGCCGAGAUCCGCCACGUCCUCGUCACCCUGGGCGAGAAGAUGACGGAGGAGGAGGUGGAGCAGCUGGUGGCCGGGCACGAGGACAGCAACGGCUGCAUCAACUACGAAGCGUUUGUGAGACACAUCUUGUCAGGGUGACGCCGCAGGGAGCUGGUCCGGAUGGUGCUGAGCGGCUG